CUUAUAGAUUUAUUAUCUGUAUAGACUGCUUAAAAAGAAAUUACACUAAGGGUUAAAUAUGAUCCUAUUAUGCCAAUUAAUAUAGCCUCAGAUCCUAAUAGAUUGAGAUAAAUAAUCACUAAUUUAGUCUCAAAUUCACUUAAAUUUACAAAAAAAGGAGGUAUUAUAGACAUUAAAGUUAAAUUUAAGGAAGAAAAUAUGUUUCAAAUAGCAAUAAAAGAUACAGGAAUAGGCAUUUCUAAGGAAGAAUAAUAAUACUUAUUCAAAAAAUUCGGAAAAAUUAAAGGUAAAGUACAAAAUGAACUCAAUCCAAAUGGUAUUGGUUUAGGUUUAGUUAUUGCUAAUACACUAGCAGGUAAAUUAGGUGAUGGAAAAGGUUUAAAAAUAAAAAGUGAGAUCGGAUAGGGGACUAAAUUUUAUUUUAUACUGCUAAACUAGCUUAAUAUGCAAAAAUCUUAUAAUAAAUCAGUUAUAUUAACUAAUAAUUUAUAUUAAAACACAAAAAAAUAACAAAAAGAAUUCACUAAAAUAGAAAGAAAAUAAAUUAUAGUUGCGAUGGAAUAUGUUGGAAAGACUAGUUUAAAUAGUUUUUUGAGACAAAAAAUAGAUAAAAAACUUGAUGAAAGUGAAGUCAAAAGACUUUUUAAACAAAUAGUGUAAGGACUAGAUUAUUGUCAUUCAUUAAAUAUUGUACACCGAGACAUGAAACUCGAAAAUAUUCUUUUGGAUAAAAAUUAAAAUAUUAAAAUUAUUGAUUUUGGGUUCAGUAUAUGUGCGCCUGAAAGUUCUAAACUCAAAAUUUUUUGUGGAACACCCUCUUAUAUGUCCCCUGAAAUAGUUUCUAAAAUCGAAUAUGUGGGUUAAAAAGCAGAUGUUUGGGCUUUAGGGAUUCUACUUUUUGUAAUGCUUUAAGGAAAAUUUCCUUUUAAAGGAUUAAAUAAUAAUGAAUUGUUUAAAAAUAUAAAAAAAGGGUCAUUUUAAUUAGCUUAUGAUGUUUCUGAUAAUGCUAAGUCGCUUUUAAAGAAUUUACUUAAUGUGAAAUUCGAGGAAAGGCCAAAUACAUAAAAUAUUUUAAAAGAUGUAUGGCUUAAUUCUUGA